CCAUCCUUGAUGUCCAAGGCAAGACGAAGGAUAACUUGAAGUCAAGACUGGAUUUGAUUGAUAUUUGUGCUCGUCCCGAACUUCAUGUUGAUGAGCACGGUAAAGGUCAUAUUCCCAUAUAUCGACUGGAUGCAACUGCAAAAGAAGAGUUUUUUUAUUGGAUAACACACAGUGUUAAAUUUCUAGACGGUUAUGCAUCAAGUUUGCGUAAUUGUGUUGACAAAAGUGACGGGAAGUUUACUGGCUUGAAGAGCCAUGAUUGUCAUGUAAUGAUGCAGCGCCUCCUUCCUUUUGCGUUUUCCGCACUAUUGCCACGAAAUGUCCACGAAGCAACGCAGGUACUUUAAAAUUUAACAUAGUUAAAUUAAUUGUCAUAUUAUUUUUUAAUGCUUAUAUAUAUAUAUAUGCUUAUGGAAUUUGUUUUCUUCGUGUAUGUAGGGAUAAGUGCUUUCUUCCAUGAUUUAUGCUCGAGAUCACUCACAUCAGAUGAUAUUUGCAAUUUGGAAGUUAAAAUACCGGUGAUCCUUUGCAACCUCGAGAAGAUAUUUCCUCCAUCUUUUUUUGAUGUUAUGGAGCAUCUUUCUAUUCAUCUUGCGAGAGAAGCGGCACUCGGUGGUCCCAUGCAGUACAGGUGGAUGUAUUUGUACGAACGGUUUAUGUUUCAUCUGAAGAAGAAGGUCAAGAAUUUAAGCAAGGUGGAGGGAUCAAUAGUGUCUCAGUGCAUCAAUGAGAAAACCUCAAACUUUGCUGAAUACUACUUUCCAUCAAAAGUUCGAACAAAAAGUCGAAGACCUGCAUGGCAUGAUGAUAGAGGUGAAAGGGCAACUUAUUAUGUUUAUGUGCCAAACAUGUUUACACAAAUUGGACGACGUAGUGGAAAGUCAACGGACCGGAUACUUACAGUGGCUGAGCAUGCUCAUUUGCACACAUAUUUGCUUACAAACUGCGAAGACAUUCUUGAAUAUGAGAGUAUUUACUUGGCAGAGAUGCGCUUAAAGUACCCGGAUGCGACCGAAGAACAACUCGAACAACUCAAGCAAAACAACUUUGCAACAUGGCUUUCUGAUUAUGUAAGCCAUUGUUUAGCUACUGGGCACCCACCUAAAGAUUGGUUACGUGAGAUAGUUUGUGGUCCAAAGUUUGUUGCGAAGUCAUAUCCGAGAUAUUGCACUCGAGGAUAUGCAUUCAGAGUUCUUAAGGAAAAUACUGUAAGGAGAACAGUUGAUUGUGGGGUUUCUUCGUCAUCCGGAGACGAUGUGUACUACGGUAACGUACGCGAGAUUUUGGAAAUUCAGUACCCGGGAAUGAUUGGCAUGAGAUGUAUUGUCUUCAACUGUGAGUGGUACGGCAACGUUUUUGGUCGCGGAGUAAGCACUGACGCAUUCGGUGUUACAUCUGUACAUUCGCGACGACGACUGGAUUUUUACGACCUAUUCAUUCUUGCUUCACAAGCUGACCAGGUUUGCUAUAUUCGUUAUCCGCGGAUUAAGCAAAGGAACGAUCCAAGAAGCCGAGUACAAGGAGUAUUUGAUCCACUACAACAACAAUUAACCGAAGAGGACGGUGAGAUUGGAGAGUUUGACGAAGACGAUUCAGAUUCAUCAUGUUCAUCAUCAGAUAAUUCCUCAGAUGCAGAGUAGAUACUCUUUUAUGAAUGUAUAUGCAAAUUACUUUUAAACAUUGUAGAUUUCUUCUAAAAACAAAUUAUGGGUUUGAAACGUUGUAUACUUUAAAAUUAAAAAAAUAAAUUAGAUUUGUUGAUUU